AUGACUGUGGUUGAAAAGAAAAAAGGUGGUGUGUUUUUUGUUUUUGGGCAUGGCAGAACAGGUAAAACAUUCCUAUGGAAGAUCUUGGCUGCACCAAUAAGAUCUAAAGGAGAACUUGUUUUAAAUGUUGCUUUCAGUGGUAUUACAUCUUUACUUCUUACCAGUGGCAGAACAACACACUCUCGGUUUCAAAUCCCGCUCAUUCUCAAUGAAGAUUCUCUUUGCCACAUGAAGCCAGACAGUGAUAUUGCGAGCUUAAUAAAAAAAACUACUUUGAUAAUAUGGUAUGAGGCACCAAUGGUUCAUAAGCAUGCACUUGAAGCAUUAGAUAGAAGUAUGAAUGAUAUUUUCAAUACUCAACGCAGUGGUGACUCACAUAUGCUUUUUGGGGGUAAGGUAAUUGUUUUUGGAGGAGAUUUCAGACAGAUUCUGCCGAUUAUUCAUAAUGCAGGUAGACAAUACAUUGUAAAUGCAUCAUUAAGCUCAUCUUACAUUUGGGAAAAAUGCAAAGUCCUAAGGUUAACUAGGAACAUGAGGCUAACUGCAAACAGUGAGAGUUCAGAAAUUGAACAAAUAAGGGAUUUUGCAAAAUGGAUUUUGGACUUAGGAGAAGGAAAAGUUGGAUGUGAUAAUGAUGGUGAAGCAGUUAUUGAGAUACCUCAUGAUCUUCUCAUUACUGAUCGCGUCGAUCCUAUAUCUGUAUUAAUCGAAUUUGUCUAUCCCUCAAUUCUUGAAAACAUCAACAACUCAGCUUAUUUUCAAGAACGAGCAAUACUUGCACCAAAAAAUGAAGUCGUUCAAGAAAUAAAUGAUUGUUUGUUGUCAUUGUUUCCAAGAGAAGAAAAGGAGUACUUAAGUUCAGAUAAGCUAUAUGAAUCAGAGCACCUUCAUGAUGAGUUUGAUAAAACUUUGUACUUUCCUGAUGUUUUAAAUGGUCUUAAAUUAUCAGGAAUAACAAACCAUAAGAUUUUACUAAAAGUUGGUGUUCCUAUCAUGUUACUCAGGAGUAUUGAUCAGAAAUCUGGAUUAUGUAGCGGUACUAGAUUGCGGGUGUUAACAUUGGGAAAUCGAGUAAUAGAAGCACAGGUUAUAUCUGGAAGCAGUAUUGGAAGCCGUACAUUCAUUCCAAGAAUGUCCUUAACACCUACAGACAAAAGGAUACCAUUCAAAUUUCAAAGGAGACAGUUUUCCAAUUGCUGUAUGUUUUGCCAUGACCAUUAA